AUGGCUCGAGGUGGAAUGAGAGGCCGAGGAGGCAUGAACCGAGGCGUUGGAGGAAGACCACCAUACAAAGUAAAGAUGUUUCUUCCGAGGCAUCCGUUCGAUUUAGCACUAUGCGAAUCAUCUUUUCCUCGAGUGAAACCAGCUCCUGAUGAGAGUGCAUUUACUCAGGCAUUGCUAAAAAGAAACGCUGAUUUAUCGCCUACUCCAACAGAACAAACUGCUAUUUUGAACCUGGUUACCAAAAUUCAAACUGUAUUGGAUAAUUUAGUAGUAGCUCCUGGCAAUUUUGAUGCCUGUCAAUUGGACGAGGUGAGACAAGUAGGUUCUUUCAAAAAAGGAACUAUGCUUACCGGACACAAUGUUGCUGAUAUUGUGGUUAUUCUAAAGACUCUUCCCACCAGAGAAGCUGUGGAAGCCCUGGGUAACAAAGUUCGAGACGAUCUAAGGAAUUUAAUGAAAAACGAAAUAGUCGCUAAAGGUGAACAACUUCAACACACUACCAACGAAAGGGGGAUCGAAAUCAGCAAUGCUUUUGCCUGUGUUAGAGUUAUGGUCACAACACUCCAUCAUAAUAUUAGAAAACUAGACCCAGAGAUUCAUUUGGACCAAAAAAUAAUGCUCAGUCACUUGGCUGCUAUCCGACACAGCAGGUGGUUCGAGGAAAAUGCCCACCAUUCCUCCAUAAAAGUUCUAAUCCGCUUGCUGCGAGAUGUCCGAAGCCGUAAUGAAGGCUUUGAACCCCUCACACCUUGGAUGUUGGAUCUACUAGCACAUUUCGCUAUAAUGCAUAAUCCCAGUCGUCAGGCAUUACCUCUAAAUGUUGCUUUCAAAAGAGUCUUCCAACUCCUGGCUGCUGGAUUAUUCUUACCAGGUUCGGCUGGUAUUACCGAUCCCUGCGAAGGAGUUAGCUUGCGAAUUCAUACAGCUAUGUCGUUGGAGCAGCAAGAUAUUUGCUGUUUAACAGCACAAUCUGUAGUGAGAGUGUUGGCUCAUGGAGGGUACAAACACAUCCUGGGACUGGAGGGCUCUUCUAAUAUUGCCCAGGAGCUGACAGUUUGGGAUGGUAUCGUGGUAUCUCCACUUGACAAAGCUUACGAAAAUCCACCAGAAAAGAAAGACGGUGAGGAAGAUGAUGACGAUAUGGAAGCUGAUGCAGACGAGAGCAUGGAAACUCAGGAAACAUAAUUUAUAUAACGAUAGGUUUAUAGGUAACAAUAAUAUUUGAUUUAAUUCAUAUGAUUGUGUAUUAUGUAACAUGUAAUAUAAUUUGUGCAAACCUCUUGUUAGGGUUUCAAGCAAGCCAAAUUCAACUUUUUUGUAUCAGUCCUCUGAAUAAUAUUUAAAUAAAAUUUUUAUUUUUCACCGGA